UAAAGUAAAAUUAACGCCUCAAGAAGGACUGAUCAGGAUCGUAACGCUAUUCCCGUCUCUCCGUCUCUCUGCUCUACCUAGACAGUAAAACCUUUGUCAUUUGCGUGCUCUGUAAUCGACCUCGACAUGGCCAACAGUAAUCUACCCCGAAGAAUCAUCAAGGAAACGCAGCGUCUCCUGAGUGAACCAGCGCCCGGAAUUAGUGCAUCGCCAUCGGAGGACAAUAUGCGAUAUUUUAAUGUAAUGAUCCUUGGCCCAACACAGUCUCCGUAUGAAGGAGGAGUUUUCAAGUUGGAACUAUUUUUGCCCGAAGAAUAUCCAAUGGCUGCUCCCAAGGUCCGAUUUCUCACCAAGAUAUAUCAUCCUAACAUUGACAAGCUUGGAAGGAUAUGCCUUGAUAUUCUGAAGGACAAAUGGAGCCCUGCUCUCCAAAUACGGACUGUACUUUUGAGCAUUCAAGCACUUCUGAGUGCUCCUAACCCCGACGAUCCACUUUCUGAGAACAUUGCUAAGCAUUGGAAGACAAAUGAGGCUGAAGCUGUUGAAACAGCGAAGGAGUGGACUCGUUUAUAUGCAAGCGGUGCUUGAUGACACGGUGGAAAAUCUUUGCUCCCCCUGAAUAAUAGUAAUGAAAUGUAUGCUAUUGACUGUCGAUUUUAGAUGGAAAAUUUGGAACAAUUGAUCUUCAAACAAUUGGAGUUUAGUAUUCGCAAAGCUUCCUGUUACUGGUUAAUUGUUUUUUCUCACAUGGGAGCCUUGUGGAACUUGUAUGAUAUUUGUGGCCAUCAAUUUGGCGAAAUGUUAUAUAUAUAUGUAUACCUAGCGAUUUGAUAUGGCCA